UUGAGAUUGACGCGGGAAUAUAAAAUGCAGAGGCAAAGAACAAAUAGCUCACUGCUUCUGACCUUGAAGAAACUAUUUCACCUGAAACAAAUGCUACAAACACCCCUCAAGUCUCAAACAUUCUAAUCGAAAAUGACAUCUUCCUCCUCAGCCAUAAAAUCAGUCCUCAGCUUUCUAUCUGAAAUCUGCGCGAUCAACGACAGUCAUGACUCCUGGGAGAAUCCUAGGAAGUUUGCCAGUUACGCCAAGCGUCUACACGUAGUGAUCAGUCAGCUAGUCAGGUCAUCAUUGCCUGAACAUCUUCCAGCAUCGGCUAAAACAUCGAUUAAAGGGAUCGCGGAAAAUCUAAAAAAUGUGGCAGCAAGUAUGGAAGUUUAUGGAAAGAAGAGUAAGAUAUAUGUUCUCAUAUACUGUGAAUCAUUGUGUUUGUCGUUACAGGAGGCCACUGUGGCCAUCGGAGGAUGGUUAGCGUUGCUUGAUUCGGCUAUUGAUGAGAUAGUUAAUCCUGAUCUUCAUAAGAAGAUUGCUGAUCUUUCCAAUGAUAUGAAACAAGCUCAGUACAGAGUUACAGAAAAUGAAGAGAGGGUACACCACACACUGCAGAAAGAAGGAGAAGGAAGACCAACAAGUAAAAUAAUCCAGAGUGCUAUCGUCAUGGAUUUAGCUCGAGCCCUCGGGAUCGAUUCCAAUAAUCCUGCUGACUUGCUAGAACAAGUCCAGUUACUCAAAAAAGAUUUAGCCUGUUCCAGUUCAGUUGCAGAGAGGCGAAUUUUAACAUCUGUGGAAAGAAUUGUGGAUAACUGGUCUACUGAAACCCAAAAUUUGGCUCAAACGUUUGAUAUUGAUUCAGACGAUGAUUUACACAUUUCACCGUUUAAGAACUUUCUGUGUCCAUUAACUAAGACAGUUAUGAAGAAUCCAGUAGUGUUGGAGUCAUCACUGACGUAUGAGCGGGCUGCAAUUUCUUACUGGUUUGAUCGGUGUCUUGAAGAUGGUCGUGAUCCAACGUGCCCUGUUACUGGACAAGUCCUCAACUCACUGGAGCAGAAGCCUAAUAUUGGAUUGGCUGGAGCAAUCGAAGAGUGGACUAACAGAAAUAUAGAAAAUCAGAUUGCAUGUGCUGUGCAGUAUCUGAGUGAGGACUCUCCUUCUAUGGAACAUGUUGAGAAGGUUUUUGAUAAUAUGCAUAAAAUAACAGAAGAGAAUCAGUUGGCCAGAUAUAAAGUACGUAUUGCUGGUAUAGAUGUUCUUUUAGUGAAAUUUCUUAAGAAUUUUACAAAAAGUAUGGGAUCUCAUGUGAGAAGCAAAGGUUUAAUGGCUUUGCUCAGCAUUGCUAAGGAUGAAGAAAGCAAGAAAACGAUGCUUGAAGAGGGUGUUUCUAGAUUGACUAUACAUAGCCUUAUCGGAAGCUCAGAGAUAGAAAGAGAGUAUGCUGUAAGGUUAUUACUUGAACUUUCAAGUGACGAAGCUUAUUGUGCUAAAAUUGCUUCUGAGAAAGGGGCGCUGGUUUUGCUCUCAAGCAUGGCGGGUAAUUCAGAGCAACCCUCUCUAGCUAAUUUAGCCGAGGAAGUCUUGAGACGGAUGGAAGGAGUAGAGGAGAACAUUAAGCAUUUAGCAAUAGCUGGUAGGUUUGAACCUCUACUCAAUAGACUCUGUGAAGGUUCUGAUGAUGGUAAAAUAGAGAUGGCUUGCAUGGUCGGUAGCAUGACCUUGACAAAUAGCGCAAAGGAGCAAAUUGCAAGCAGAAGCGCCAAGACACUUGUUGACUUGUUAGCUAAUCCAGAAGGAAGAACCCCUAGCUUAAGAGCGCUGCAUAAUCUAUCCUGUUUAGAUGACAAUGUAACAAUACUUGUUGAUUCAGCCGUACUUCCUGCUAUUACAACUAUAAUGUUUGAAAUUCGGGAUUCAUCAGCAGAGCAGAAGGAACUGGCUGCGGCUGUUAUUGCAAAUAUAGUUUCUAAACCCGGGCAAUGGGAAUUAGCAUCAGCCGACAAGGAGAGAAAUCUAUUGCAAUCAGAAUCUAUAAUCUCAAGUCUUCUUGGCCUUUUAUCUCUUUCAUCUGCUCAGUGCCAGUUAUCUACUCUUCAGAUUCUAUAUGGAAUUGCACAAUCUCCGCAUGCAUCAGAAUCUGUCAUGGCUCACAUAAAGCUUUGUGAUGGUCUCAAAUCCAUCAUAACAUUCCUUGAUCACGCGGAGGUUGAGCACAGAACUUAUGCUUUCAGACUCACAAGACUGCUCUCCGAUAGGCUUGGAGAGGACCUGGCCAAUGAACUUAAAAAAUCAAACAAGCUACACUUGAUUAAAAAUGAGAUAUUGGAUACACAAGCAACUGAUGGUAAGAGAUCGGAUGCUGCCUGCAUACUAGCUAAUCUUCCUCUUUCGGAUGCUGAAGUAAAAGAUGUCCUCGGAGUUAGUUUUGUUGGCUGGAUUGUUGCUACACUCAAAGAACAGCACCGCAGCUCCAAUUUGAGAACAUCUCGACCCAUCUCAGUUAUGGACGAAGGGCUUCUUGGUCUCCUUCUGCACUUCACUAGGAGCCCAGAUCAAGAAUCAGUUAAUAUCAUAAAAGAGCACCGUAUUAUGACCAUUUUCUGUGAGCAGCUCGUUUUUAGCUCGAAAGCAAAAGAGAGAAAGUUGGCUGCACUAGGCUUAAAGUACCUGUCAGAAACAGGACGAGCAAUUUCUGGUGGAGAAUCAGAGCCACAACCUCCCCACGGCUUCUGCGCAUCUCUAUUCUUCAUGUGUAGGAGAGGUUCUUCAAAGCCUUCUGCUUGUCUGGUUCACAAUUCCCCAUGUGAAGAAGAAAGCCAGUUGUGCUUGUUAAAGGGAAACUGCAUCAAACCACUAGUUGAUCUCCUAAAGGACGACGAUACCAGUGUUCAGAUUGCUGCCGUGGAAGCCCUCUCCACACUAGCACUAGAUACUUAUAGUGCUAAUUUUGAAUCUGUUGUCGAUGAGCUUGAACGUCUGGGUGUAGUCAAUGCUGUGUUUUCGCUGUUCAUUCAAGCCCGAUCAGGAGAGCUUCAAGAGAAGGCUCUCUGGAUGGUGGAAAGGAUGUUAAGAGUCGAAAACCAGACCCAAAAGAAUGCUCUGAACCAGCCUUUGGUUAGGGCAUUGGUGGAAGCCUUUAAGCAUGGAAAUACAGUGACAAAGAAACAUGCACAAGAUGCUCUUACAAGUCUAAAACAGAUAUCAGGAGUUAGCGGAAAGACAUCAGUUCAGAAUCGAGGACGUAGGUAGUCAGCCUGUGAAAUGUAUAAAAUCUUGGUUUCGCUGUUGUAUUGUCAUCAAUUGCAGAAAAAGAAUAAGUAGUUUCCGUGAGCCAGAGCUCAUAUCACAUUAAGUGACCAAUUCUCCUAAUUCUCCUAAAAACUCGAGGUGGGUUUACGAGAAUCAUAAAAUAU